AUGCCUCACAGCAUUAAAUGCAAUGUUGAUAGAAUCACUUGGCAAAUAAAUAAGGAGGGAAAUGAGCCCAAAAGAAACUUCAAUGAUGAAAAAUUCUAUGAUAAAAGCGCGGGGUCCGAAAAUUCCCCGAUCAAAAAGCUGGGUAGCUACGACCCAGAUACAUACCGGACCCACAAGCUGAUAAAACCUUCGGAACUUUAA